GUCAUGAAAAUACUCAGUUUAUUUGCUCCUUUAGUGGCUCUCCUAUUAUUUAAAUAGGAAAUCAAAAGUUUUAACAAGAAUUUAAUGAGUUUUAAUUUCUUAAACUUCAAAUUGGUAUCUUCUAUAGCAAAUGUAUGACGUAAGCUCUAAAUUUUUCUCCACUCAGUAAAAAAUGUAUGAUAUUCUUUUCAGUUGACAUCAGUGUGUGAUCGUGAUCGGAGUCAAAAAUAAAUAUCUAAAAUUCUCUUAUAAAAAUUAUUUUUUUGACGAUUUUCUAAUGAGCUUAUCUGAGGAAAAUAAUGAUUAUCCAGAAGAUAUUCCUUUUAAAAAAUUAAGUUCACUUUUGCCGGCUUUUAAAAAGAAAAGAAAGAGAGAUAAAAACAAUGCAAAGGAAUUAUCAAAGAAAGAAGAAAACAUUCAAAAUGAUAACAAAAGUAUGAAUCAAGAGCCGGUCGAGUGUGAACUUCAACGCGUAGAUAAAUUUAAAUCAGAAAUUUACGAGGAAAUGCUUCUUUUAAUAUACCAAGAUGAACUUAACUUAUCUGAAAGAUCGUAUAAAUUGAAACACUUGAAAGAUGCAUUUUGGAUAUCUGAAGAAAACCACAAUGAAAUUUUGGAAAAAGUAGAACAUCAACUUUCUGAAAAUAAAGACACAGUUGUGCAAGAUGAAUGCUCAUCGACAGAGUCAAAAUUUUAUCUUCUUCCAGAGAAAGUUAACAUUGAAAAUAUUGAUGUCCAUAUUGCUCUUUUGCAAAUAUUCUUGCGAUAUGACUUGCAGUAUCUUAAUAUUCAGCAUAAUCAUUGGAGCGGCGAAUUUUGUAACAUGGUUCAAAAACUUCUGUCGCUUCAUGCAAAAGCUCGAAAUCUUGAUGAAACUCACAUACUCUAUGCUAAAUGGAUAGCAUACACAGACAUUCAUCAUAUUUAUCCAUUGAACUUGAUAACAUUUUCGGAAUUGUUGAACAGUUUAACAGAAGAAGCAUUGCAAGAACCUGAUGAUUUGAAUUUAAGAGUAAGGCAGACUAAAUUUGGAUUCAGAAAGAAUUCGAAUCUAUUCUCAGACUUAAUAAACCUUGUUUCAUUUGGAUAUUCGAAAAAUAUUAAGAGUGAAAUCACAGAGACUGAUGCUGUAAAUAUUGGUAAAAGUCAAUUGAAGUAUGUGGAAGCUGAAGUUGUAAAAGAUUUUUGGAGAUCUACAGAAAAGUUGGUUGAGAUUUUCUCAAAAUUUAUUAGUAACCUUCAUUUUGAGUCUUUUGAUGAUGGAAAAGUUAAUCAAGUGGAGAUUCUUGAAGAAAUAUUUCAUAUUUUUGACAAAAUUGAUAGUAUUAAUGUGACAGUUGAUAAACAACCGAUUAUGUUCAAAGAAUACGUAAAAGAAUCAUUGCAUAGAGGUGCGAUUGAGCACCUUACUAGACAUGCUAAUCAAAAUUUAUUAAAGCAUGGAAAUAGAAAUGAUUUACGAAUUGAUGAAUUGAUUAGUUUGAUGAAUCUUUCACAAAGGCAUCUCGUUCAAUUUACUCUUCAGUUUGGUGAGAUUUUAGAAUCGUACUUAAAGAUUGAUUUUCUAGAAUAUAUAUACAGAAUUUAUGACUCAGAAUUGACAGUGAUCAUAAAACCGAUAGUUCUAAGCAUUUGCGAUACAAAAGAGGGAAAUAUUGAUAAUUUUGCUUCCGUUCAUGAAGUUGUAGCUGGAAAGCUUUUCAUACUUUAUUGUGAAUUAAAAAAAUAUGCUGAUUUUGGUGUGGAAAAAUAUACGAAAUGUGACUAUGAUAUGAGUGAAUAUUAUUCUUGGUUUUUAGCAAAAAUAUCGAAAUGGAGAAAACUUUCCGUGUUCAGUGUACUCCCUCGACUAGAAAGAGCAAUUGAAGCGGAUACUUUAAGACCAGAUAAUGAAGAAAAUAAAUUUUCCUCAUCAGCUAUGGAUUUAUUGGAGCUUCUUGAUGACAUAAAAACGUUUUGGGAAUACUUACAAAAAGCUGGUUCUGAAGAAGAUUACAUUAAAUUUAUUUUAGGGGACAUUUACCGAUUUACUACCAAAUAUUUUCAACAGUUUGUCAAGAAAGUUGAAAGUUCAUUUGAUGUAAAUGAUUUCGAUAGAAUGACUUCAAAUUUGUCAGUAGUUUUGGCAAAUUACAAUCACAUUUUAGAAAAAAUAAUUCAUUUACAAAUAGAUUUAACAAAAGACACUGAACAUGCUGUGAGUAAUGCACAAAAUAUCAUUUCGUAUACGGUUGAAUAUAUGGAAACAGCGAUUAAACAGCUAAUCAUAGCAGUGACUAAAAAAUAUUACACAAGCAUUAGAGACAAUAUAAUAAUAGACACAAAAAUUAAUGACAGUGCCGCAAGUGACGAUAAAAUUAUGGAAAUAAGAAGUGAAUCAGUAGAGUUUAUUGAAAAAUGUCUAAAAGUUGUGCCAGAAAAUGCAUAUCGUGAAUAUGAAAUAUUGAAAAACAAGUUAUGGGAUGGAAUAUAUGAGAUAACAUAUGAUAUGAUAAAGGAUGCAAACCAUCCCCCUCUAUUCUAUUCGAGACUAAGAAUAGUUUUUUCAAAGUUGAAAGAAGUUUUUUAUGGUGCAGAUAUUCCACCAGAAAUUACUAAAAAGAUUAAAACAUUAGAUUAUUAUUUAGAAUGCUACAGACAUAGCUUGGCCCGACUUAUCCAUGAAUAUUACAAAGAACGAUUUAUUGUGCAACAAGGUAUCAAACAAAAUGUCGCAAACAGUCUGACUAUUAACUCGUUCUUUAGUGACACAGUCCUUACAUUAAAAAUUAUUAGCAAGAACGAGAUCUUCGAGUGUAAUAAAAAAUAUGAUCCACUGAUCACUAUAAAAAUAAUUCCAGAAAAGCAUUUUCCAAAUCAUCAAAAUUUUAAGUUAAAACUGUUUCAAAUUUCGUAUGAACCAAUUAAGAUCCAAUUAACACAAGACCAACGUAACAUGAAAGAUGCUAUUAUAUAUUUUAGAAUUGAAAAUAAGAGCCUCGUCCGAGCUAGAAUUUUAUUGGGUGAAGCUUUUCUUUCUUUCGAACACAUUCCAAUCAACAAUUUCAAAAUGAGUAUUGAAAAUAUUCAUUUAAUGAUAAACAAUUUACCAAAAGAAGAUCUAAAAUCAUUAGAGCCGAUUCGUAAAGAAAGUGAGAAAGGAAACAAGGAAGCGAAAAAAUUUCUGGAGAUGAUAAAAACGCAGGUGUAAAAAUGCAUUUAUAUUUAAAAGUUAUUUAUUUUUAUUUCUUUAAGGAUUAAUAUUUAAAUAAAAAUGUUAUAAAGGAUAAAUUUUUAGUUUUAUUGAUUCAUAUUUCAUUUUUCAAUUGUGC